UGUCAGAUGAGAAAUCUAGGCUUAGAAAUUGUAAGUAGCUUGCCAAAGUUUUAUUACUAGAAUAUGAAAUAGACAGCUUAAAUUUAAUUAAAUUUGAUGAUGUACACCGAAAUGUGUCCACCAGGCUGGCUUGUGGUUACCAAGUUUAAUGAGAUCUGAUUCUGUCUUUUGAAAUAAAACACUGUGACACUGAAAGGAUUUUUACGAUGCUGACAAAUCAGAAUGUCAUAGAUAAACAAAGGCAGGUCGUAAAAUAUGGACAAUAUUACUAGGGUUGGCAAACCACUGUGAAUCCUUCUGCAGGAAAAGAGGGCACUGGACUCUGAAUCUUGAUGGAUGAGAAAGACCAAAUUAGAUAAGAUAGGAAGGAGAAAGAAGCUCAGAAGUUUUGUAUAAUAUGCCUGUGUACUCAUAUAAUUACAACAACAACAUAAGGUAACAGCAAAACAUGUUUAACAGGUAACAAAACUGCUAGGGAAGCAAUGCAAUAAGAUAAUCUCACAAACUUGCAUGCCAGUCUGUGAGUCGUUCCAUGCAUGACUUUCACCAAAGCACUUUACGUACAUAUGAAAGUUCAAUUUUAGAGAGAAUUUGUGAUUUCAGGGUUUAAAGUAUAUUAAAAAAGAGCUCAUAACAAAAUUACAGAGUGUCACUGCAUGAGUUCACAUUUGAUGUUUUUCCAACCUGAAUUUUUUCCAUUAUGUCUGGAAGAAUUUGGGUAAGAGAAAGUUGGAUUACAAAUUCAGGCAGUAAUUCUGGGGGCUGAGAAAAGAGAAGGGCUGUGAGAUAUUUAAGUCAAUGGGGACUGUUGAAACGAUAAAAGGCAUCAAUUAUAAGAAUGAGUAAAGACAGUUUUCGAUUUGGAUACAUAGACAUGGGUUUAUUCACAGAAAUAGUAACAUAAAGUAGAUAGAGGAUAUUUGCGAAGGCUGGUUAAGCUAGAUUGCUUUGAAUGUUGAGUGUACGGGCCUAGGGAAGCAAACAGAGAAAUAAAUUUGUGCAUCACAGGAAUAUUUUUGCAUCAAAGAUAAGCUUGGAAUGAACUGAAGCACAUUAACUAGUUAAAACCAUGCAGUGGAUUAGUUAACAUAGGGAAGAGGAAGGGAAGGGAUCCUGAAACCCUGGAACCAAUCUGCAAUGAGAUGGAGAAGAUUGUGGGAUGCAGCCUAUCUUAGGAACAACUACUGAGUACUGUGUCCUGAGGCUGCAGGGGAUGAGUGUCAAAGUGACAGGAGACUUAGCCUUCAGCACUACCUACACAGUUAGUAAAGACAAUGCUUUCAAGUUGACAGUUUCAAAAUUUAAGUCAUUGAGCAGAAGAGUUAACACCCCUCUCAAGCAGCUGUGUUCAGGGUUUAUCUCACAUCACAGCUAGACUCAACCCAGUUCAGAUGUGUGGAAGGCUCAUCUGAAAAACGUUUGUAUCCAGAAAGGGUUUUCUUCCUUGAAUCUAACUUUAUUCCCUCGUGUUGCAGCUUAAGUCACCUGUUGCUCUGAUGAACAUGGUAGCUGGAUCUGCAGUGUCUUAGAAUAUCAAGAAUGGAGAAGUCGUGACUUGGGUGUCUUUUCACUCUUCUUUCUCUGUGCUGUUGAUCAUGGCCCUCAGCAAUUCCAGCUGGAGGCAACCCCAGCCCUCUUUCUUCCUAGUAGGCAUUCCAGGCUUGGAGGAAAGUCAGCACUGGAUAGCGUUGCCCCUGGGUGUCCUUUACUUCCUUGCUCUAGUGGGCAAUGUGACUAUUAUCUUCAUCAUCUGGACUGACUCCUCCUUGCACCAACCCAUGUACCUCUUCCUGGCCAUGCUCGCUGCUAUUGACCUGGUCCUGGCCUCCUCCACUGCACCCAAAGCCCUCACAGUGCUCCUGGCAUAUGCUCAUGAGAUUGGGUACAUUGUCUGCCUGACUCAGAUGUUCUUCAUUCAUGCCUUCUCAUCUAUGGAGUCAGGCAUACUUGUGGCCAUGGCUCUGGACCGCUAUGUUGCCAUCUGCCACCCUCUGCGCCAUUCCACCAUCCUGCAUCCAGGGAUCAUAGGGCGCAUUGGGAUGGUGGUGCUGGUGAGGGGAUUGGUCCUCCUCAUCCCUUUCCCCAUCCUAUUGCAGAAUCUUGUCUUCUGCAGAGCCACUGUCAUAAGCCAUGCCUACUGUGAGCAUAUGGCUGUGGUAAAACUUGCCUGUUCUGAAACCAUAGUGAAUCGAGCCUAUGGGCUGUCAGUGGCACUGCUGGUAGUUGGGCUAGAUGUCCUGGCCAUUGGCAUUUCCUAUGCCCUCAUCCUCCAGGCAGUGCUGAAGGUCCCAGGGGGUGAAGCCAGACUCAAGGCCUUCAGUACAUGUGGGUCUCAUGUUUGUGUCAUUCUCAUCUUCUACAUUCCUGGAAUGUUCUCUUUCCUCACUCACCGCUUUGGGCACCAUGUUCCCCACCAUGUCCAUGUUCUGCUGGCCACUCUCUAUCUGCUUGUGCCACCUGCCCUCAAUCCUCUUGUUUAUGGGGUGAAGACUCGACAGAUCCGCCAACGAGUGCUCAGGGUGUUCUACACAAAAGCAUCAAUUUGAGUACAUCCUAAUGACUGGCUGCAGAGUCCCUACCAAGAACUCAGCCAAGAGCUCAUGGAUGGCAUGGAGUGUAUCUCCAGGAACCAUUCUACAGUGAAUAUUUCUGCUCCUAGUUGUCUGUGCAAAGAAAACCCCUAGGCACGUGGCUCAACAGUCUGUUGAGAUCUACCUGGAUAGCUGCGUUUGUGGAUAUUUCUCCUUUAUCCUAUUAUUCUUUCCAACCCCAACAAUUCUCCACUGUUGUCAUGGGGACUGGGGGAUAGAAUUUUUUUCCCCUCAAUCCAAUAACUGAUCAUGUAACACUAUCUGAACAAGAAUGACAAAUCCUAGUCUGUGCCUGGUUAGGAUUCAGUGUCUUUACAGUCUCUAAGUCAAUGCAAUGGAUGCUUAUCACUGUCUCACAGAGUCUCUUAAAGGAUACAAAAUGGCCACAUACUGAAAUACCA